GACGGUGGAGUGCAGGAGCAGAAGGUAUAAAGUUGUGAGUUUCCGUUUUGACACUUUAAUUUGUCUCCAAAUGUCUGCGUAGCCCCGGCAGGAGAAAAAAAGAGGAAUGUGAGCAGGAAGUGGAGGAAACUGCUGGGAUCUGGAAGUGCUCAGUGUGGGUGGAAGAAGACGUCUCUGAGCCACAACAAAGAGUGGUAAUGGACAACGACUACCGACUACUGUCUACAGCAGGGUCCUGCAGGAGUAUAUCCAUUGAAACACCAGAUUGCUUUAUAUGCCGGGAUGUUGAACUUCAAGCCAGUGACCCGCUGAGGAAUUUCUGCGACUGCAAAAAUCUACUUGCCCACCAUGCCUGUCUGUCAACAUGGAUCCAGAGGGGCUACGGGAGUGAAGACCGACUGCGAUGUAUCCUCUGCAAGGCCAAGUACCAGCUCCAGUGGGGUUCUCCAUGGCGCUCUGUGAGCUUCCAGUGGCAAACGUGGCUCGUGCUGAUCACAGGGUUUGCUUUGCUGGGUCUUGUGCCGUGUGCCGUUUACUGGAUGAUGACCUUCUUCACCAGGCCGCCGCCUCCCACCACCUUUAAAGUGGCUGCUGCCUCUUUUGGUCUGCUGACGGAGAUCCUGCUCAUCAAGUGCCUGUGGAGCUACCUCAGCAGUCGUUACCGGCAGGCUGAGCAGAGCUCCUUCACAGUCCGGGCCAGGGGCUCUGAGGAAGACAGAGCGAGCCUGGGCCGUCGGGAUCAGUCCGAGGCCACUUCAGCAGCGGCAGGUCACGCUUCAUCAGCGGCCGCUUCCAGUCAAGUGGACGCGAGGAAAGUGGAUGUGUUGGAGAGUGGCUGUCUCAGCCUUUUCUAAACCACUAACAGGAGUUUACAGAGUAUAGGGCCAGAGUAAAUCCUUUGGGUAUUAGAUGUGUCUAACAGCCAUUUAAGGAAACACAUCAGUGUAUCUGUGUUAUUAAUGAGAUUUUACACUUUGUGUAAAGUCUAAAAUGUUUUUGUUUUUCCCAACGUCAAAACUUUGCACUUUAUUCAGUGAGUCUAUUCUCAGAUAUUGCAAAUUGAAGAUAAGAAAGAAAAUGCACGAGUGGAUGAGUGUGUUCAGGCUCAGAGAGGGGAAAAAAGGCUGAAAUCUCUCUUUCCUUAAUGAUGCCCACACAGAGACAAUGGGGCGCCGCUCUGAUUAGUGUCACCUGUCCUUGUGCAUCUCAUCAGCUCCAUUAUGGCUCCAUCUCCCAUGCUUCUACUGCUAAUUGAAUAGCCUGUAAAGUGGUGACAAGGACGGGGGCGAGAGCAACGUCUGUCCCAGCGCUGUUGCAGAAAUGAGAGUAAAGCUUCCCAGUGAGACAAGAGCUACUAAAACAUAAACCAUUAUCAUACAGAUGGAGAAAGUGCCAACAAGUAGCCCUCAUGUUAUAUUACCAUCACUUCAUCAACGCAGUGUUUUCAUAUGGAACAGCUUUCAGUUUGCAUCUACUGUUUUGUGGGAGAUGCAGUGCUGCACUUUUUUGCGCUAUAUCAGACAAGACGUUCAUAUUGGACGUAGCAGCAAAACGCUCGACAAUGUUUUCAUGUUAUACUACAGAUGUUGAUAACAAUUCAAAUACAGGAGCCACUGUAUUUGUUCUUAUUUAACCAAAUCCAUGUGAAAACCAAAAUCAAACGUUCAUUAUCUAUUGACUCAAUAUCCACUGUGACCGAAGAUGUAAAUCGUUUUUAUCAUUUGUUGAAGGAUCCACAUUUUCCCAGAACUGCUGAGCACUACAUUUUUAGUAAAGGUAGCCUACAUCCUUUUUUUCUAGGGGACUAAUUUCAGCGGCGGAUUAAUACAUAUUUGGUGCUCUAGCAAGUGUUUAUAUGCAGCACCAUAUGACACAGGUGAUUAGACAACAUUAAUAUCUUCAUCACUUUCUGUGUUUGCUGUAAUAAAGCUCUGAAUGUGUAUUGGCAACCAUGGCCAACAAACUGAAUUAUAAUUGAUCGUAUGAAUCAAACUUUAACGAGGCACUCAAGAAGAAGAUAAACUGAGUCCCGUUCCUAAAGCGUUGCAUCCUACAUUACCCAUAAUGCAAGCAAUAGUUUCUUUUUAUUGGCCCUUCAUGCUCAGUAAGUGGUUGUUUGUGCUGCAAGCUAUUUGUUUUAAAUCUGGAAUCGACAUGUAGACAUCUCCUACAGAGCCAAAUUAUACAACAUGUAAAUAACUGUGUAACUCUGUAUAAUGCAUUUCCAUAGCAAACGUUUCUGUAUAUUAUAUAUGUUUAAUAAUCAAAUGCUGUGAUUUUAUAAACCAAUCAAUAACUUUGUUGUUCAAAAACUUUGGAAACAAUUAAAAGUGGGGCAGGCCUCAAUGUGAUGUUUACACUGAA